AAAAGAAAUCCAUUCAGGACUGCUCUCCUGUAUGGAGCGUAAAUAUCUCAGCGCAGCAGUGACAGACUGACUAUCAGAUCCUUCUGGAAAUGCACGCUGUUGCACUGGACUUUAGGAGCAUGGAAAAUGGAAGGGACUCAUUUCCCUUUCCCUAUAAGCCCUACAACAUCCAGGAGCAGUUCAUGAAAGCGCUCUACAGUGCCCUGGACCUAGGCAAAGUGGGCAUCUUUGAGAGUCCAACUGGAACAGGCAAGUCUUUAAGUCUCAUAUGUGGAGCCCUUAGCUGGUUGGUAGACUAUGAGGAGAAGAAGAGACAGGAAGCCGCUGCUCUGCUGCAGGAAGGAGAAGCAUCUCUCUCUGCCUCUGCUGCUCCAUCAGCCAGCAGCAGCUCUGUGUCAGCAGAGCCCGACUGGAUCACCGACUUUGUCCAGAAGAAGGCUGAACGUGACCUGGUGUCAAAGUUAAAGGAGGAGGAGCUGAAGAGGAAAAAGAGAGAAGAGCGAAUGGAGAUGAUCAGAAAUAAUAUUCAUCUAAAGUAUGCAAGUAAAAGAAAGAACUGUGAAGACGAUGAGGCAUUCAAGCUGCUUCAGGUCAGUAAGGAGGAACAAACUUCGACGCCAGGAGACCAGGAGGACGAGGAGCUUAUUGUUGCAGAGUAUGAGAGUGAUGAUGAAUCCAAGUGUAAGAGCAGAUUCUUCGGAGGUGAGGAUGAGGACGACGAGGAGUUGGUUGAAGAGCAUGUAACUAAGAUUUACUACUGCAGUCGCACUCACUCCCAGCUGGCCCAGUUUGUCCAUGAGGUUCAGAAGAGCCCCUUCAGUACAAACAUCAGUCUGGUCACGCUGGGUUCUAGGCAGAAUCUGUGUGUUAAUGAAGAGGUCCAGCGGCUGGGCAGCAUCCAGCACAUAAAUGACCGCUGCAUGGAGAUGCAGAAAAACAAACACGACAAGCAGCCCCACGAAGACGGUGCAAAACGUAAGAGAGGUCCGCCGAAGAGUGUGUGUCCUUACAACAAAGCUCUGGCUCUGCAGCAGAUGAGGGAUGAAGUUCUGGGGACGGUGCAGGACAUAGAGCAGCUGCUGAAGCUGGGCAAGGAAACAAAAGCAUGUCCCUAUUAUUCCACGCGUCUUGCUGUCCCACCUGCACAGCUGGUCGUUUUGCCCUAUCAGAUGGUUCUUCAUGAAGCUACAAGAAGGGCAGCAGGUGUCCAGCUAAAGGGACAGGUGGUGAUCAUAGACGAAGCGCACAACCUUAGUGACACUCUCUCCUGUAUACACAGUGCAGAGCUCAGCGGAGCGCAGCUUUGCCGCACCCAGUCCCAGCUCACCCAGUACGCCGACCGCUACAAGAACAGACUAAAGGCGAAGAACGUGAUGUACAUCAAACAGAUUCUGUUUGUGGUAGAGGGACUCAUCCGUGUGCUGGGAGGUAAAGUUGGACAGAAUCCGCAGAGUCAGACUACACAAGCAGGGACUGAAAUUUAUACUAUUAACAAUUUCCUCUUCAAAGCUCAGAUUGACAACAUCAACUUGUUUAAGCUACAAAGGUACUUUGAAAAGAGCAUGAUCAGCAGGAAGCUGGGUGGAUUUGUGGAGAAGUACGCCGGCUCUGGUGUAACGCUGCACACCCAAAGCAGCUCCAACAAGGAGAACCGUCGCACAGAAGGCCUGAAUCGCUACCUUCAGGCCCUAAACAGCAACCCCACCUCUGCACCAGUUCCUUCAGCAGACCAGCAGGGGGCUUCUGAAGCAGACAAAAUGCUGUCCGCAUCUCCUAUGAUGCAGGUGGAGGGUUUCUUCCUGGCUCUCACCAACAGUAACACUGAUGGCAGAGUGGUGUUACAGAAACAAGGCACUUUGUCGGAGAGCAGCAUCAAGUUCCUUCUUUUGAAUCCAGCAGUCCAUUUUGCCCAGGUGUUGAAGGAGUGCAGAGCAGUCAUCAUUGCUGGGGGAACAAUGCAGCCUGUUUCAGACUUCAAACAGGAGCUACUGUUCUCUGCCGGAGUGAAGGAGGAGCGUAUCACAGAGUUUUCCUGUGGCCACGUGAUUCCUCCAGAAAACAUUCUUCCUCUUGUCUUAUGUGCCGGUCCAUCUGGUCAGGAGCUGGAUUUUACCUUUCAAAGCAGAGACUCUCCUCAAAUGAUGGACGAAAUGGGACGCAUUCUCUCCAACAUCUGCAACGUCGUUCCGGGCGGGGUUGUGUGUUUCUUCCCCUCUUAUGAAUACUCCAGGAGAAUCAUUUCUCACUGGGAGGCCAGCGGUGCACUAACCCGGUUGGGGAAUAAGAAAAAGAUCUUCCAGGAGCCAAAGAAGGCGAACCAGGUAGAGCAGGUGCUAAACGAGUUUUCCCGCUGUAUCCAGAGGAGUGCCGCGGACAUCCGGGGAGGAGUCACAGGAGCGAUAUUGUUCUCUGUCGUCGGUGGAAAGAUGAGCGAGGGCAUUAAUUUCUCUGAUGACCUAGGCAGGUGUGUGGUGAUGGUUGGCAUGCCGUAUCCCAACAUCAAAUCUCCAGAGCUGCAGGAAAAGAUGUCGUAUCUUGACAAACACCUGCCUCACAGCCAUGGGAAAAACCCUGGACAGGCAUUGGUAGAAAACCUCUGCAUGAAGGCUGUUAACCAGUCUAUAGGCAGAGCCAUCCGACACAGAGGCGACUAUUCCUCCAUUGUCCUUUGUGACAGGCGCUACGCUCGGCCCGCUACGCUCGCUAAACUCCCCGCGUGGAUCAAGAAUCGCACCAGUACACACUCCAGCUUCGGCCCUGCUUUUGCUGCGUUGCGGAAGUUCUUCCUGGAGAAAAGGCAGAUACAGGAGUAGUUUGUCUCCCAUAGAGCUUCUCAACAGCUUGAAAAAGAAUGAAGCUGCACAAAAUGUAAUGUUUAAAGAAAACUGAGAAAUGUUCAUAAAGCUCUUAUCUUUGAGUUACACCAUCACUACCAGCAAUAUUGUUUUUUGUUCUCUU